AUGGUUUAUCAGCGAGUCGCCACUUUUUCAAUAUCUUUUAUCAUUCAAUUUCAAGACGCGAUAUUUCAACGAAUUAUUAUGGAAAUACAAUCAAAAGAGGCCAGAAUAAUCUUAGCUAUUGAAGCUAUUCAAAAAUCAAAAAAUCUUACAGUUGAAAAGGCUGCGAAAAUCUACAAAGUCCCUCGAACUACAUUACGAGAUAGAAUAAGCGAUCGAAUUCACAGAAUGGAAACUCGAGUAAAUAAUCUUAAUUUGAUUGAAAAAGAAGAAGAGGUACUUAUUCAGUAUAUUAUCGAUAUAGAUGAAAGAGGAUUUGCAUCUAAGUUAAAUGAUAUAAAAGAUAUGGCGAAUUAUAUUCUCGAAUCAAGAGGUGCGAAGAGAAUUGGAAAGAUCUGGGCUCAUCGAUUUGUAAAGUGUUAUACAAAAUUAAAGAUGUGUUUUAAUUGUAUUUAUGAUUUUCAAAGAGCUCUUUAUGAAGAUCUCAAGCUUAUUAAAGAGUGGUUUGGAUUGGUAUCGAAUAUAUAG